GAGCUGGCGGGAAGAGUUGCUGGACGGAGGGAGCUGCUCUCUCUCUCUCUCUCAUUCCCUCUCCUCUUAGACUGAAACUACAAUGCUGUAGGCUAACAGGGGGUUAUACCGGGCAGAAAACCUAUGUACAUACUCCAGAAAACCAUGAGGGAAACUAUGCCACAGACACCGAUAUUUUCCAGCAUGCUCGGGACAGGAUGUCGAGGACAGGUGACACCAGACACAGGCGAGAGGAGUGGCGAUCCUGUUUAUCAGGAUGGGAAUCUCAUUUCUGGAUCCCUGGAGGUCCUCAUCCAGCAUCUGGUACCCACCAUGGAUUACUACCCAGACAGGACAUACAUUUUCACCUUCCUUCUGAGCUCCCGUGUCUUCAUUCAUCCUCAGGAGCUCUUGGCUAAAGUUGGACACCUCUGCCUGAAGCAGAAACAGCAGCUGGAGACCGGGGUUGAAGCAGACAAGGGGAAGCUCAAGGCCUUUGCAACAAAGAUAAUCCAGCUUCUGAAAGAAUGGACCGAAACAUUUCCAUAUGACUUCCAGGAUGAGAAAUCUAUGAAGGAGCUAAAGGAAAUUGCUCACCGGAUCACCCAGUGUGAUGAGGAAAAUGGAACGGUCAAGAAGAUCAUCAGCCAGAUGACACAAGAUCUUCUGAUGGCACUCGCUGCCCGCAAUCAGUACCAAGAGAUCCGGGAAAAGUUUCGCCAACCGGUGACCGACAAAGGGGCCGUCCUCAAAACAAAGCCGCAGGCAUCCCAGAAGGACGUUCUGAGCGUAUGCUGUGACCCACUGGUCCUUGCACAGCAGCUCACACACAUCGAACUGGAGAGGGUAAGCAACAUUUAUCCAGAAGAUCUCAUGCAGAUAGUCAGUCAUGUGGACUCCCUGGAUAACCACAAGUGCCGAAGCGAUGUUACGAAGACCUACAACCUUGAAGCCUACGACAAUUGGUUUAACUGCCUCAGUAUGUUGGUGGCGACAGAGAUUUGUAAGGUGGUGAAGAAAAAACAGCGAACAAGAAUCGUGGAGUUUUUCAUUGAUGUGGCAAGAGAAUGCUUCAACAUUGGGAAUUUCAACUCCAUGAUGGCCAUUAUUUCUGGCAUGAAUUUGAGUCCUGUUGCCCGACUAAAGAAAACAUGGUCCAAAGUGAAAACAGCCAAAUUUGAUGUUUUAGAGCACCACAUGGAUCCCUCAAGCAACUUUUGUAACUAUCGGACGGCUCUUCAAGGGGCAGCUCAGAGAUCCCAGAUGGCGCACAGCAGCCGGGAGAAAAUUGUCAUCCCUGUUUUCAACCUUUUCAUUAAAGACAUCUACUUCCUGCAUAAGAUACACACCAACCACUUGCCGAAUGGACAAAUCAACUUCAAGAAAUUCUGGGAAAUUUCAAGGCAAAUCCAUGACUUUGUCACAUGGAAACAGGUGGAGUGUCCUUUCGAAAAGGACAGGAAGAUUCAGAGCUACCUGCUCACCGCACCUAUUUACAGUGAAGAAGCUUUAUUUAUUGCCUCAUUUGAAAGCGAAGGUCCAGAAAAUCACAUGGAGAAAGACAGCUGGAAGACUCUCAGGACAACGCUCCUCAACCGAGCCUGAGAAUUGGGACUUUUGGAUUUUAAAGCACAUUCUACAAACAAACACUGGUAUUUUUUUUUUAAAAAAAGAGAAUCCUGAAAGGUUUGGUUUGCGAAAAGGAGGCCUCGCUGGUUGGGGUCAGUUUUGUAUAUAUCUAUACGAUACCUUUUUUGAACGACUGAAAAUACAAAAUUGGGCUCGAUAAUAUCAACUUUAAGGCACUUAACGAAGGGGGUUUUUUUUGGUCUUUUUCUUUUCUUUUUUUAAACUCCAAAUCAAGGGCAGGGCCCUGGUCUCAGAGAUUAAAUGGACUGUGGGGAAGGAGAAUCCGUAGUGAUGUCUUCUCAGAGGCCCGUCAAGAUCUUUAUUUUCAUGCGUGAUGAUUUCUACCCAAUACUGUACAUGUACACUGUGCCAGGGAGUCAGUACCCUCUCAUUCCUUGGGUCUCGCAUGUGCCUGGCACUUCCUGGUGAAGAGCGGAUGCAUCGUGGCCUCGCAUGUGCCUGGCACUUUCAUGGUGAGGAGCAUCUGAAAAACCAACUGACCCAAAGAGGCAACCGAGUUGAUUCCAGGAUUACCCCAGGUUGCUUAACUACGAAACUUAAGCACGGAGCCUUUCUCAUAUGACACACCCAUUUUAAAUGAACGGAUAUUCCGAUACGCGUGCUUCUUCUCUACCACCACGUUUCUAGCUAUACUUCAUAUUUUCUCCCCCUGGGUUGAAUCUGGCAAAGGAGAUAUUUGCCUAGAGAAAUUCAAAAAGGGUAAAAAUUUGUUUGUUUCCAGGCUGCCCUGGAUGAGUCAUUGUUUUGCUGCAAUAGAUUUCAUACUGCCGCUCUUGCAGAAUUCAUCCCGUUUUUUAUUUUGUGUCCCGCUGUAUUUAUUUAUUUUCCUCCAGUGAUCUUUGGGGGGGGGGUGCUUUUCUUUUUUAACUAACACUACAGAUGUGCAAAUCCUUUGACAAAUGUGCAAAGCUGCUUUCCCCCCCCUUCCCGCCCCACCCCAAAUUGUUACAUUGGCCAUUCCCACCUCCACAAGAAUUGUCAUUGCUUAGGAAUCUACCUGCAUAGGUGCACACAGCUACGUAGAUUUCCUCCCUCCCACACCACCAUCCCCAAUGAAGUGGAAAAGCAUCAUCUGGAAGCAUACUCUGGUAUGCUUUAAAGAAAGUGGUUUAAAGAAAAUUCAGUAUGGUGAUCACAGACAAGUGAUAGAAGCCAUAUGUGCAUAACGCAUAACAAAGGGCAGAGUUUCAAUUGCUCCAUCAUGGAUGCCAUCUUGACUUGUCUUAUCCUAGCUGUGGGGAAAUUUGGACAAAGAGCUGGCUGCUUUAAAAGGCUUAGAGGUUCCAAAGCAGCUUCUUCAAAGGCUCUUCACAGCCUUACUUUAAACAGCCAACAAAAUCAAUUAAUUUUUGCCCAGAAUCUAACCCUAAAGACAAAGAUAUUGCGUUGGCGGCUUGUUCAAGGAACUGUGUAGAAAACAAAACCAAUGUGGGAAAGUGUGGUACAAGAAGACUAAGUUAAAUCUUUCUUCUCCCCAGACAACAGGGGUUUCCAUUGACUUUGGUUUGCUAAGGCAAGGCGACUUAAGGAAGUAGGAACAUUUCUCAUCUCCUGCUCCUUUUACGGGGACCGCAGUCCCAAGAAAGUCUCUUUGAAAGGACCAGAGGGGACCUUUAUGAACAUGUGGGUAGGCCAUGAUGGAGUGAGGGAAACUGCAAAACUUCUUUGAAAAAGAGGAAGAUUGAAAAAAGAGAAAAGAUCCAAUUCUGAGAAAGCUCUGCUGGCAGAGCAAAAGUAGGGAGAAAGGAAUUAUUAAUCUCUUCUUUCUCGAGAUUAAAAAAUACAGAUCCCCCCCCCCCUGCAAGCACUUGGUGGCAUCUACACCCUCCUAGAGAAACUUUUUUUGCUACCUUGGAUGGGAGUACAAAAUCCUUGGACUGGAAGCUAGUUGGAGAGGUUCAAAAAUGCCCGCAAAGGUGGCAGUCCACAUUAUUAAUCACAUCUAUAUUUUUAACAAGAAAAUUGCUUGGAUAUGGCCAUGAGUUGGGGUUGACCUUGAUCAACUCUCAGCAUACCUCUUUGGCUUGCAGACCCGGACUGCAAAUCUGCAAAGGAUUGUUAGCGAGUUACCGCAACCCCUUUGCUACCCUCUGGUGGCCGACUCCAUUUUUGCAGCUCAAAUGUGACUGCCCCAUAGAUCGUAGAAGUGGGCGGAGCAGGGAAUGCGAGUGAUGUGCCUAUAAAGCUUUUACCCCUACUUUGGAAAGGAAAUCAAAGCAAACACACACAAACACACCUUGUAACUCCAGAAAUGCUCUCUGAAGGACCAAAGAUUGCAGCUUGAAUUAGCUUGUUGUAGGAACACAAGCCAACUUUAUUUUCACGGGGAGCAUCCAAACACAUCAUCCUCAGCCUGAUUUAUCCCAGAUUAAGCCUCCCUGUUGCAUUUCCCCAUUGCAUUGUGGUAUAAAGGGAUUUUUAGCAACCAGAACACAGUAUUGCGUCCUCAUCUCCACCCAAGGAUUCUGUCCUUCCUCUCUCUGGCCUUAAUCAUUGUAGCAGCCUAGCUGCCCCCUUUCACAUCAGAAAUUAGUGCCUUACAAGGUACUGGAAUUGUUUUGCGUACCUUCUUUUACAAUUCUGCAUCAGAAACGAGUAAAUUAAAACUAGGGAUGUCUCGAAAAACCAGCUAUUGCUUUGUAAAUAACCUGGAGGAUAUAUCAGAUGAAAUAAGAGUCUACCUUUCUCUGGAUUAAUAAUGGUGCAGCAGAAAUUAUUUUUGUUACAAAAGACCAUAGGAGAAAUCACUCCAAUUUUUGUUUUUGUUCCCACCUUAAGACAAUUUUACCAAUUUCAAAAACAUUUUCAUUUCCAUCAGAAUUUUGUUCAUCGGGGAUAUGAAAUUUGAAGGAAUCAUAAUCUUGAGCAGCUGGCAUUGGGGUGUUAUUAUAACCCGUUGCCCAUAAAUAAAUCUUAAAAAAUCUGUUUGGUGGAUUUCCCUAAAUCUACCAUAAAAGCUCACAAGAGAUGCUGGAUUUUAUAAAGAGCCCAUUUUUUUUUUGGUCUGGAAAAACACACAAUGGCAGCUUCUCUUUGUCUUGGCUUCCAGCUAGUGGAUAUACAGAUAAUUGUUAAAUUAUUUGAAGCCCAUCCCCGGUUAUACAAAUAGAAUUAUC